AUGUCUGAGCAAGGCAACCAAGAACUCGCCAAGUCAACAGCUGAACGGAUUGCAGCUUCUGGUCUCGUUGAGGAAAUGCAACAAAAGCACGAAAUCAAGAAACAACAUGUUGAGAAUGCUAAAUCCGUUGCUGAACAAAUCGCAACGUCCGGAAAGGUUGAAGAGAUGCAACAGAAGCACGAACUUAAGAAGCAGCACCAAGAAAAUGCUAAAUCUCUUGCUGAACAAAUUGCAACAUCUGGAAAGGUCGAGGAAAUGCAGCAAAAGCAUGAACUCAAGAAGCAACAGCAAGAGAAUGCUAAGUCUCUUGCAGAGCAAAUCGCUACAUCCGGAAAGGUUGAAGAGAUGCAGCAGAAGCAUGAACUCAAGAAGCAGCACCAAGAAAACGCAAAGUCUCUUGCUGAACAAAUCGCUACUUCUGGCAAGGUAGAAGAGAUGCACCAGAAGGCAGAGCAGACAAAGGAGCUCAAGGCUAAGGCCAAGGCUGCUGCUGAAGCUGUUGCUGCUUCUGGCAAGGUAGAAGAGAUGCACCAGAAGGCUGAACAAACAAAGGAACUUAAGGCAAAGGCUAAGGCUGCUGCAGAGGCAGUUGCUGCAUCUGUCAACAAGGAGUAA